GGAUUGUUGAAGUCCGUGAAUCAUUUUUGCGUCUUGACAAGGAGCACUAACUUCAUUGUCAUUUCAUAAACCUUGUCGUUUGGAGCUAAUGCGUGGGGAGACGUGCUCAUCCUUUUACCCGAUAGGUUUGUAAUUGGACAAUAAACAUUUUUAACUAUGCCAAAAUACUAUUGUGAUUACUGUGACACAUAUUUGACUCACGAUUCGCCAUCUGUAAGAAAAACGCAUUGUUCUGGAAGGAAGCACAAAGACAAUGUUCGGGUUUAUUAUCAAACAUGGAUGGAAGAGCAAGCACAAGCAUUGAUUGAUAAAACAACAAAGGAAUUUCAAAAAGGAAAAAUUCAAGGAUUUGGUGGAGCUGCUAUUCCACCUCCAGGAGCAAUGAUGCGACCUAACGGACCAAUGGGUGGACCACCGAUGGGACCAGGAAUGAUGCCAAUGAGACCAAUGAUGGGUGGACCUGGACCUAUGAUGGGUCCCCCAAUGGCAGUGCGACCAAUGAUGACGCCUGUUAUGAUGAUGGGUCCGCCUAGAGGAGUUCCUAUGAUUCGGAUGCAACAGCCAGAAUGAUCAAACUGAUAAUUGGACUUGAAAUAGAAUGGAAGGAACUGCUACAGGAUAGACUCUGCUUUUAUAAGACCUGCAGCUAGCAGUAUUCAUUUCAUGACGAAUUUUUAUAAGUCAAUGCACAUUUAUUAUUGACAGACAUUUGCGAGUUUUUAAAAAUUCACAAGUUUAUGAUGAUUUCUAAUGUCUAUGACUGCGGCUUUUCUAUGAAUUCUUUUACUUGGAACUUUGAAAAUUCUUUAGUCAUUAAUAUAGAGUUAACAAAUGUGGUUCGGGAAAAUUAUGAUCAGCUUUCAUUGUAUGAAAAAAUGAUUUAACUCUGAUUUUGGUGUUGGAACUUUUAUACUUUAUCAUGGUUGAAAAUAUCAUUCAAUCAUAUUUUUUAAAUAUUUAGAACCCUGUGUCUAUUUUAUAAAAUUAUCACCAUUAAAAAUGAAUUAGAUGUGAGAGAUCGUUUAACAUGGCCAAUAAAAUUUUAUGAUGAAUCUCAA